UCGCUGCUUGAAUGAGCUCUUUCUCUUGCCGCGUCAAAAAUAUACUUACAGCCUUAURAAGAAUUCCAAUCAUAUGAGAGACUCGUGKGUCCACUUGAGUUUUGAACAUUUUAUGACGUCAAGAGUGUUCCAAUAAGAGGACAUACAACUCAAAAUCGUGCGCAAUUUGUUAAACUGCAAACGAACACUACAGACACAAAAUAGACAGCUGAUUUAAACGACAAUUUGCCGAKACGAAAUGGUUUAGAUUGUAGCCGCAUYGCAAUGACUGGCAAAAGAUUUCCGAUUUCAAGACUGAACAGUUCUUUAUUGAACGCCCAAGGAAAGUCUAAAUGUUUGGUAUGGAAUCCAGACUUUAACGAAAGGAUACCCUAUUUUGAGUCUGGUACUCUUAUUUCCACAACUGUACUGAAUUGUAUAACCUCCUUUCCCGCUAUUUUCGGUAAUAUCUUCAUUUUGCUGGUUCUUUUGCGKAGACCUCAACUGCGAUCAAAUUCUCAUAUUCUUCUGGGUUGUCUUGCGUUGACUGAUGUUCUUGUAGGUAUCAUUGUUCAGCCUUUACUAGCAGCAAUCAACAUUCAAUAUUUGACWUGGAAUGGCGGCACUUGCCUAGCGUAUAUCAUCUAUGAUACAACGAAGUACGUGUGUGGUUUAUGCUCAUCCUGUGUCUCCGUACUAGUCAGCGUAGACCGUUGCUUUGCUGUAAGCCUUCCAUAUCGUUACGCAAUGUUUGUAACGAAAACRCGCGUGCUCAUAGCGUGUGUUAGCGUAUGGAUCACGUGCAUAUUGGUCGCUGUUGCUAGACUCUUYACAAAACGCGGWAAACACUUCAGUAUUCUYUUUAUUGCCUUUUUAUCGCUUUCUUUCAUCAUCGUCAGCMUUUUGUACCUGAAAAUGCUGCGCAUAGCYAACAGACACCGUGUUCAAAUCAACAACCAAAACAGAGAAGUAACAAAACGGCGACUACGAGAAAGAAAAGCACUUAAAACUACCAUGACAAUAAUCGCGGUUUACUURCUUUGUUAUUUGCCUUACAUUGUUGCACGGUUGUACUUUGUUAAUAUCCAACAAAAGCGUACGUUUCGAUAUACUGUCAUGCAAUGGCCCAAAACUCUGUUGCACGUAAACUCGUCUUUGAACCCRUUCAUCCUGUUUUGGAGACUGAGAAGAGUACGCAAGGCACUGUGGGAAACCUUGUCAUUUGUACCGUUCUGUGCUAGAAAUUAGACUUUGCUCAAGAACAAGAAACAAGAAAGGAUUUAUUUUUCAGCCGGUUGUUUUGAGCASUAUUUAUCAGCCGCGCAAAAAAUUCGUGUUUCAAUGAAGAAAAUGAAGCCCUAAGGGACAUGAAGUGAACAUCUGCCAAAAUAAAAGUGUUUACUUUGUUCCUGUUUAUWGUUUUUUAAAGGAAGAAACAUCGACUGAUGUUAUUUCUGUUUUAGUCCGUUAUGACAACAUCGUGCACAUCGUGCAUUAGUAAUGAAAGAACUGCAACGUUCAUAUGGAACACUGGGAAAAAAAUCGUGCACUUUAAAAGG